GAUGAGGUUUCUCAGCUAUUAUUUAACAGAUAAUUGACACCUGUACGUAAAAGAUGACGUGGUUUGUUGUAGUUGCUGUGUCCAUCCUUGUACCCAGCGCUUUCUGCGCCUCAGACGCAGUCGCCUGGUGUUACCAUGACCCAACUUGCAAUGAAACCACCUGGUCAACUAUUGCUGCACAGUAUUGCAAUGGCACGCGCCAGUCGCCCAUUAACAUCGUCUCAGCAUCUGCCACGACCAACUCCAACCUGACUGCGUUCACCUUUGAGAACUACGACAACACCUCCGCUCUGCAGACGAUCAAAAACACAGGGGCGACAGUCCAGGUGACCCUCGGGCCUGGUGUUAAGAUUUCAGGGGGAGGUUUGUCUGAAACCUACGACAGCCUGCAGUUACACUUGCACUGGGGUAAUGGUUCCUCUAUCCCAGGCUCUGAACAUACUGUGGAUGGCAAGCGUUACCCCAUGGAGUUACACAUAGUAAACAGCAAGUCAUCCCUGAACAGGAACACGACUCUAGCUGUUGCCGACCCCACAGGACUUGCUGCUCUUGGUUUCUUCAUUGAUGUAAGGCCAGGCAAUAAAACUGGGCAGCCUGCCAGCUGGAGUAAUUUGACGUCCUAUCUGUCUAGAAUUAUAAAGAACGGCCAGUCAGAAAAUAUAGCACCUGGGAUUUCUCUGGACAAUCUCCUGAGCGGAGUGGAUCGCACCAAGUAUUACCGCUACCAUGGCUCAUUGACGACCCCAUUAUGUAAUGAGGCUGUGGUUUGGACUGUGUUCAAGGAUCCAAUCAUGGUCAGCAGCGAUGUGAUUGACCUCUUUAGCACUACGGUGCGCAUCUCAGACAACACUUCAGCUUUGAUGGUUAACGUCUACAGAAACGUCCAACCAGCACAGCCAGUCUCCACACAGCCAAGAAGCAAUAGCAGCAGCAGCAGCAGCAGCAGCUCUGCUGCAUCAGUGCGCUACUCUGUGGGUCUGAUGGUCCUCAGCAUCGUAGGCUUUCUGAUCAGGUGAUGUUGCUGUGACGCAGGUCAGGGACAUGCUCCCCUUUUAAUGUUAAAAUGUGCACCAAGUGCUUUGUUAGUGCCUUCCAGCAUGUGUUGAUUAAACCAAGCCAUAGCAAGACUUUUUAUUUCCAGUGUAGCUCUAUAUAUCUAUAUAAAAAUGAAAUAUAUAUACAUACAUCUUUUGAUGGCUACCUCUUUUUUUGUGUUGCGGUACCUGCUGACUUUUUGGGGUUGGGACUAGCUGUAACUUUUCUUAUCCAUUGCAAGAUGGUAGAUGGUUUUCAAAAUGGAAUAUUUAAAAAAAAUAUUGCACAGAAAAAUCCCAUUUUUAAGACCAAACACGCACAAUUUGUCUGUUUUUAGCGGCCAAAGUCAUGCCCAGGUACCCAAGGAAGGAUGCACUAAGUUUACCGGGUAUAUGUAGUUUAGUUUGGAUAUCUAACAGUCUGAUUAUUCUUUAAGUAUGUUAAUGUUAUUACCUUGACGGUGCCCUGUGUCUGUUAAUUAAAGAGUUGGUGUUGUGCAACAGCUGCUGGUAAUUUCUCUUUUUGUGUUUCUAUACUGCAUCCUGAGUUUUAAGUUUAAUGUCAUUAUCAUUAUGAUUCUUUUUUUUAUUACCCUCAUUUGAGCAAAUGUACCUGCCAAUAUUAUGCACUUGAACAAGACCCAAUAUUAACUUAUAUAUUAUUUAUGAUGUACAGCUGCCUUUGUGUCUUUGGCAUUAUGAUGCAUAACUUGUACAUCGUAAAAACUGUGACUCUACUCAUUAAAAAAAUUAUCCAUCA